GAGUGGGGCCGCGGUGUCCGGGCGCUGCGGCGGCAGCCCGCGCGGAGGGAGCCCGGGCGUGCGUGGCGGCGAGCGCGCCGGCCUGAGAGAGUGCUGCGGCGCACCGGGACUCAGCGCAGUGAUGUCGGAGCUCAGCGAUGAAGCCAGUGAGCCAGAACUCCUGAACUGCAGCUUGUCCAUGUGGCAUGGGCUGGGUGCUCAGGUCGGCCGGGAGGAGCUGGCCGUCCCCUUGGAUCUUCACACAGCUGCUUCCAUUGGCCAAUAUGAAGUGGUGAAGGAAUGUGUGCAGCGGAGAGAGUUAGAUUUGAAUAAGAAGAAUGGUGGUGGCUGGACCCCGCUGAUGUAUGCUUCCUACAUUGGACACGAUACCAUCGUGCACCUGCUGCUUGAGGCGGGGGUGAGUGUGAAUGUGCCGACCCCGGAAGGGCAGACUCCACUGAUGCUGGCUUCCAGCUGUGGCAACGAGAGCAUCGCCUACUUUCUCCUCCAGCAAGGUGCCGAGCUGGAAAUGAAGGACAUUCAAGGCUGGACUGCCCUCUUCCACUGCACCAGCGCUGGGCACCAGCAGAUGGUCAAGUUCCUUUUGGACAGUGGAGCGAAUGCCAACGUGAGGGAACCAGUAUAUGGAUUUACUCCUUUGAUGGAAGCAGCUGCCUCUGGCCAUGAAAUAAUUGUGCAGUAUUUUCUCAAUCACGGAGUCAGAGUGGACACGAGAGACCACAGUGGAGCCACAGCCCGGAUGCUGGCCAAGCAGUAUGGACACAUGAAGAUCGUGGGGUUGAUAGACGCUCACUCUCCUACUCUGCCCAAGAACCUCUAUCGGAGCCCAGAAAAAUUUGAAGAUCUAAGCUCUUCAGAUGAAUCCUGCCCUGUUCCCCAGAGACAGAGGCCCUGUCGGAAGAAGGGCCUCAGCAUCCAUGAGGGGCCGCGAGCCUUGGCCAGGAUCACGGCCAUCGGCCUCGGAGGCAAGAUGCAGCAGGCUUGCUGUGAGCAGGUGCCUCCGCGGGGCUAUGUCACCUUCAACAGCAGUGAGGAGAACCCCCUGGAGGCGGGCGGCCUCUGCUACAGGGACGUCACCUCCCCAAUCAAUGACCGGGAUGUGGAGAGCAGCAGCAGCAGCAGUCGGGAGGAGCACGCCUUCUGUGCCAACCUGGGGGUCGCGAGGCGCAGCAGCAGCAGCGAGGGCCUGGCGAGAGCCCCAGGAGUCAGCAGCGAGGCAUCUCUGGAGAGCAACGAGGAUUCGGAUCACGCGUGUCAAAGCUCGGUUCGCAAGCAAACUAAAAGUUACAUGAAGACCAAGAAUCGUUACAGCAACAGUGACGGCCAGUGGCCCGCCAGCACUGGGCCGGCUGGUGCAGCCUGCUCCCCAGGAUCUGUUUCCCAGACGGAGAGGUCCCUCUGUUCAGGACCCCAGGACCUAGCCACACUGCUGGAGCAGAUUGGGUGUCUCAAGUACCUGCAGGUGUUUGAGGAGCAGGACGUGGACCUCCGCAUUUUCCUGACCCUCACCGAGAGCGACCUGAAGGAAAUCGGCAUCACCUUGUUUGGGCCUAAGAGGAAGAUGACCUCUGCCAUUGCCCGCUGGCACAGCAGUGCCCGGCCACCCAGCGAUGCUCUGGAGCUGGCGUAUGCCGACCGGCUAGAAGCUGAGAUGCAGGAGCUGGCCAUCCAGCUGCACAAACGCUGUGAGGAGGUGGAGGCCAUGCGAGGCCAGGUGUCGCAGGAGCAGGAGCUGCGGGCGGUGGUGGAGAGCUGCCUCCUGGAGCAGGACGGUGCCCGGAAGGACGUGCACGCCCAGCUGCAGGAGACCUGGGCCCUGGCCCGGGACGCUGCGCUCGUCUUGGACCAGCUGCGAGCUUGUCAAGCCGAGUUGUCAGCCAGAGUGAAGCAGGAAGAGUCCACCCGAGGGCUCCCCCAGGGCCCGGCCCUCCCCACGGCUGCCUGCAGUCGGAGCUACCCAGGGUCAAGCCUGACUGUCAGCCAGGGACCCUCACACUUUCAUUCCUGGGGCUGCAACCCUGAUUCACCCUCCAGUCAGUGCUUUGGAAAAAUAAGCAGGCGAACACAUUGUGAUAGAACAGUGUCAAGCAGAUUCCAAAGGCUGGCAGGCUUCCCUGCAGGCUCUGAGCCUCGCCGAGCUUUCCGGAGCACUGGAGGAUCGAGUCCAGGAAAUGGGGCGAGUGCUAUGCUCAGUGACCCAGAGCUUGGAGAAGCUGCAAGUGCUGAACGGGAAGGAGAACUGGCGGGAGCCUUAGCUGGGAGGGACGGUGAGUGUCCGCCAGCCCAGGACCCAGGCCGGAGAGCAGGGUGUACCGGGCAGCAGCGAGUGCCCACUUCAGUCUUCCCUGUCCCUUCUCAGAAUCUGACGUUGGGUGACUGAUCCACCCUGAAGCUGUGUGCCUGGAAGACAGGAGGGCAGUGAGCAAGCGGCUGCAGCAGGCCGGGCCCGAGCGGGGGCCAGAGGAUCAGGCCCCCGGAGCAGCUGGCAGAGGCAGGACAGGGCCGUGAGGCCCACGCAGAGGCAGGACGAGGGCCUCUCGCCCAGAAGCGGGGGGCCAGGCCCAGAGCAGGCAGGGCCAUGGGGAGACAGCGGGCCCCCAUACACCACAGGCGCCACACUGAAAGGACCGGGCGCCUGGGUAGCGGAUGUCAUUGCUGGAAAAUAAAAUUUAAGAUCUGCUGGUGA